AUGACUAAAGGCCGCAUCUUUGUCCUGGAAGCUGACCGUCCAACCGCUUUAGCAACAAUUAGGGCUCUUUAUACUACUGGAUCCCAUCAUUCGAACUGCCGUAUAGAUAUAACUGCUCUUGUGUCUGAACAUGCGUCCAAGGAGGCCUUGGCGGCCCUUCAAGAGCUAUCCUGCAAGAUCGUCACCAUCACCGAUCCACGCAGUGUUUCGUUUGAAGGUUGUACCAAACUUUAUGUCGUUGGCUCCCCCGAACGGCUAGAUUCAUUAAUUCCGUACAUCGAGGCAGCCAAGAAGGCAUCGGUUCAGUUCGUGUUGCUUCAAAGCGUGUUAGCUGCGGAUGAACGGGGUGAUUAUGGUAGGAAGUAUCUGAACGCAGAAAAAAAGCUUAUGGAACUGUUUGGGAAAAAGGAAUGUUCAUCGUCGGAAGAAAACUCAAAAGCAAGGUCGCCAGAGGAUCAUAAGAAAUUGCAUCAUCAUGCUUGGUGGUGUAUUUUACGCGUUAGUUUUUAUGACCAUUACAUGUUUGCCUUCAAAGAUGGGAUUAAGAAAGGAGUUUUGGAAUUGCCCAUUGGGGACGGGAAGAUCGGUUAUGUUUCGGCCAACAUACUCGACAAAUCGGAGAACUAUUAUUCUCACAUAUAUACCGUAACAGGCAAUGAGCUUUUCAGUGGCCAGCUACUGGCUUCUCGAUUGUCAAACAUUCUUAAGCAUGAAGUGAAGUAUGUACCGUCUGAGAUGGCUCAUGUGGAAGAAAAGUACUUGAAGAAGCACAUUCCGAAUGAACUCCUCAGAGAAAAUGUUAUGACUUUGUUCGAUUUAAUUAAGAAGGGCAAGUUUUGA